AUGAGCUUCGAAAGAAACACACCGCCGCCCAAGAGAAAAAGAACCACUCACGCCUGCGACUCAUGUAGGCAACGCAAGUCUCGCUGCAACGGGGCGCGGCCUAUGUGCGACGUUUGCCUGGGUAUGGGAUUUGAAUGCCACUAUCAAGACCCCGCAAAGCGCCGAGGUGGUGCGGCGAAUACUCAGGCCUCCUCGCCUUUGGAAGCGCGACUUGACGCCAUGGAAGACCUUAUCCAACAGCUUCUGUCUAAAUCAAACCAAGGGCAGUUGCCUGAUACUCCAUGGACAGCAUCCGCUGGUAUCGCUGAGACACAGAUGCCAGAGGCACCGAGGAUGGAAAAGCGUCGGUACAACACCGACAGUGUCGAUGGAAUGUGUGCCAUUACGUUUGCUGGUGAAUAUGUUCCUGGGUACUUUGGGCCCACGUCCAGCUCGGCCUUUUUCAGUAAAAUUAUUAAUGCGACGAGAGAAAUCCAUUCGGGAGCGGAACCCACUGCCAGGCCCGCGCCAGGAAUUUCCAGGCCACCGUCUCCUCCAGCUGAAAGCACCCCAGAGGGUCAAACUGAAGAGUCCACAGCCAACGGCCUGGCGAAUCCCUUCUACCUUCCUCCCGGUCAGGAGGUAAUGAGGUUAGUGGAAAUAUUUUUCGCCAAUACGGGUAGAUUGUUUCCAUACAUACAUACAGCAACUAUUGUUGGCUUCAACACCAUUUCAAGGCCUGUAGACCCAAGCCGGGUCAACCGGGCGCACCUGUGUGUAUUGAAUAUGAUUAUGGCUUUCGCCUUCAUUCAUUCUCCCUCCACCUCUUCCAGCAUCGUGGACAAACUCUCUCAAGGGAAUGUGUUUUUCGCUAGAGCUCUCUAUAUGUUAGGUACAAUGCGGUCUAUGGAUGCGACACUGGAAUCAGUGCAGGCCACGUUAUUAGUGGCCCAGUACGUGCAAGGGACGCAGCGCUCGGCUCAGACAUGGAGUCUUGCCAGCUCCGCCAUACAGGGUGCCUUUCAAAUUGGGCUCUGGAGACAGCCCACUGUUGAUGGCCUCGAGAUGGGCCAAUUGGAAGCAGAAGUGCGCAAGCGCACCUGGUGGAUGUGCUAUAUGAUAGACAAAAUGUGCAGUAUGACCUUUGGCCGGCCACCACUUAUUCCCUGUAGCUAUAUGGAUUGUGAACUGCCUCUGGAUGUGCCGCUGGAGUCGCUCGCCAUUGACCUCGAGCGGAAAAGUGCGAGGGGUGUGGCCUCCACAGUGUCCGGAGCAAGGCUAUAUCGAGAAACAUCGAAACUUAAUAUAAUUCUAGGUCAAGUCAUAGAAAACUUAUACGGAAGCAACCUGGAGCGAAGAUCCCCUGAUUCUCUCUCCAAGAAACUUCAUGAUGUCAUUGACAUUGACCAGCAUUUAGCUAAAUGGAAAUCUGGCCUCCCUACUGGUCUGGAAAUCCUAAAUAGAUUCAACAUCAUCAAGCUUGCUCUGGAUUCAAGCUCCGAGUUAUUGCGAUUUCGAGCGGUAGUGAGUCUUCGAUAUCACAGCUUGAACACUUUGCUCCAUCGAAAAGUACUCGAAUGGCUCUUAGAGUAUCCUGGCUCGAUGUUGUCAGGGUCCGACGUGACAGAAUUCCUUCAAACUGUCGUAAAGGGUAGUAUUAACACGUGUAGCCAAUCCGCACGAGAUACGAUCUUCGUGAUUGCCAGCAUUGCAGACCAUCACAUUCUGCUCCCCAUCUGGUGGUAUUCUGUCUACUACGGUAGGAAAUCAUUGACUUAA